CAAGACUCCAAGACAAUGGAUGGAGGUCCCCCCUCGACGCGCGAAACUCGCAUAAAUACAGCGCUCUCCCUCCGCUCAGCACACAGCAGCUCACCACCUCGCAAAGAGCACAUCGCCUCUCUCCUAAAAGCACAACUUCUAGCUAAAGACAUGACUCCAAGAAUCACUCCUGAGACUACCCAGCUUGUCCCCUCAAGGUCCACGGUGGCCCAGAGGAAAGAAGCGAACGAACUGAGAAAGACACUAAAGCCUUUGUUGGAAAAGAAAAGGCGCGCACGCAUCAACGACAGCCUCGGUCAAUUGAAGACUCUAAUCCUCCCUCUGGUCGGCAAAGACAACGCUCCAUACUCGAAGCUUGAGAAAGCCAAUAUUCUGGAGAUGACCGUCCGAUUCCUCCGAGAUCUCCCUUCAUCUUCAGUCAAAAGUCAGUAUUAUUUCAGAAAGCUAAUUCUAUCAUGUUGUGUAUGUGUACCGUGUUGUAUUAAUAUGUUGCACAUUUGUCAUUGGAUCAUUAAACUAAACUUUCGCCUAUUUUUUCCCCCAGGUUCAUCAGACAGCUACAAAGAAGGGUACAAAGCCUGCCUGCAGCGCGUCACCGCUCUGAUCCCCAAAACGAACCUGGACAAAGACUCGUGUCAGCGGGUGAACGACUUCAUCCAGCAGGCCAUGUCUGCGUCCGUCGACCCAGCUUGUCAGAACUGUUGCGCCCAGAGCUCCAGGGCUUUCCCCCAGAUUCAGCAGAGACUACUGAGCCUCAAAGCCAACGUUGGCUCCAGAAUCGAGAACCACUCGAACUCGCUUCCCAACCGGCCCCAGCCAGUGCCACAAACUAUCAAUGCUAACAUGUGGAGACCCUGGUAGAUUAGACAGACGCUCCCUUAGCGAGCAUUGUUUUGUGAUAUAUAUAUAUAUAAACGCUGUUAGAUGUAGAUAUUAACUGGAAGAGAUGAGGGAGUUAUUUCACGUUUGACUAGUAAUGCAUUUAUUUAUUCACAGACAAAUCAGAUGAGCACAGACUUUAUGAGCAGACAAAUUCUAUGAUCUUUGUUAGGCUAAAUGCAAUCCUCUUUGGGAUUUCCAAGAUUUGGGUUGUAGACAACACAAUUGUAAAACCCCAAGGGUUAUUUUGUUUGAGGUUUGCGCUAUUGACUUAAGUACUUUUGGUCUGUGCAAAGGAGUAGACUGUAAACACUGUGUGUUAUAGUAACGUAUUAUUUAUUUGAUGAGAACACAAUUUAGUUUAUGUGUCUUAUGACACAAACGAUUUUGUCAUUGAUCAUACACUUUCAAUAAAAGAUCAUUAUA